CUGCAGCUACAGUUAAUAUGAUCUAUGGUCUUGAUCAAGAGAUAGGGAAGACGAUUAUCAAAGCCGCCGAUGAGGUAAUUGAAGGAAAACUUUUGGAUCACUUUCCGUUGGUAGUGUGGCAGACUGGUUCUGGAACGCAAACCAACAUGAAUGUCAACGAGGUAGUCGCAAAUCGUGCAAUUGAAAUCUUGGGUGGUCAGCUUGGCAGCAAGAAUCCAGUUCAUCCUAACGACCACGUAAAUAUGAGUCAAUCAUCCAAUGAUACUUUUCCGACCGCAAUGCAUAUAUCCGCCUCGAUUGAAAUCAAUAAUAAACUUAUUCCGGCUUUGAAGAAUUUGCGCGACGCUCUUGCCGAAAAAUCCGAAGCUUUCGCGAAUAUAGUCAAGAUUGGCAGGACACAUUUGCAAGAUGCGACACCACUUACUCUUGGAAACGAGUUUUCCGGUUAUGCUCAGCAAUUGACUUUUGGAAUUGAACGCAUCCAGGGAACACUGCCAAGGAUAUACUACCUCGCUCAAGGAGGUACUGCAGUUGGUACCGGCCUAAACACGAAACCAGGAUUUGACGUUAAAGUCGCCGAUGAAAUUGCAAAGAUUACCGGCUUGCCAUUCAAGACUGCUCCUAAUAAAUUUGAAGCAUUGGCAGCACAUGACGCCAUAGUUGAAGUUAGCGGUGCCCUCAAUACCGUGGCCGUUUCUCUAAUGAAGAUAGCUAAUGAUAUACGUUUUCUUGGUUCUGGACCUCGGUGUGGCUUUGGCGAGCUUUCUCUGCCUGAAAACGAACCCGGUUCUUCCAUCAUGCCAGGAAAGGUCAACCCAACACAAUGCGAGGCCAUGACAAUGGUAGCGGCCCAAGUGAUGGGAAACAAUACUGCUAUUUCCAUAGCCGGUUCAAACGGUCACUUCGAA